UGAGCAGCAACAGCAGCAGCACCAUCAUAAUGUUUGAAUACACAGGAGGAGAGGGGUGGGUGGAGCUACGGAUGCUGUAGGUACCAACCACAGAAGUUGGUGCCUUCACACCGCAAAGCCAUGCGUAAUAAUAACAGUAAGUGCGAGCGCCGGCGGUGCAGUCGUCCUGAGGAAGAUGCUCGAGCAUGAAGCAGCGGCAGACAUGCGACUGGUCCGUCAGAUGAGCUCAGGUAUGAAGAUCCAGGCGGCGGGUGGUGAGCCCAUCGGCUGCAGCAAAGUCGGGGAGAACCACCAGGAGAACCAGGUGAUCUGUUUGCAGUGUCAGGACGAGCUGGUGCGGGUUUGUCCGGGAAGUCCACGCAGUCCUCGCAGCGCCAUCGCGACGCGGCUGUCCUCGGGAUCGGCAGACCGCGAGCCCAGCAGUAGCAGCUACAAUGUCUCUUCGGGAACCUUCUACAGCUGCGUCAGUCAAAUCACUAUUGGUUUCGAUCUCGGAGGUCAAGUGGCGAUCGGGUUCUCCCACUGGAAGAGCCCGUUCCCAGGCAGCAGUCAAAAUCUGCCCAGUCUGGACUGCGUCCACUCGGAGGCCACGGCCGUCCCGCCCGUCGGUGACCACUUCGAGCCGGUGUCCUGCCCAGCGUCACUGUCAGUGAGCCCGCUGCCCACCUGCAGCGCCAGCCAGGAGACGCUGUGUGACAGUAGCACAAGUGUGAGUUUGUCUCUACAUGGGUCUGAGUCUCAACAUCAGAGCCUCCACCGACGCAGAGUCCCGCUGCAGCCCUCAGCCUCAGCCUCAUCCUCCGGCUACCAGGCAGCGGUCAGACUUUUCGCCUUCCCCUCCAGUGGGAAGGCAGACAUCAUGGAGGAAUCCUCGGCUGGAGCCCCUGAUUCCAGCACUCAGGACGAUGCGCCUCGUCUGGCUGUGAAGGAUGUCAAUGUUCUGCUGGAGAAGGAGAGGUCAGAGGGCAUCAGCAGCCCGUCCAGAGGCGGCGACGACGACGACGACGACUCCACGCUGCUGAAUCCGGCCACGCACAGCAGCAUCCUCGACGACAACACAAAGUCCGACUCUGCUCACUCAGAGGGGAGGAGUAAGUCCAGCGGCAUUUGCUUCAGCGACGGAAAGAGCCGCAUCGACUACAUCCUGGUGUACAGGAAGUCCAGCUCGCUCUCAGAGAAGAGGGAGGUGUUUGAGCGGAAUAUCCGUGCUGAGGGUUUACAAAUGGAGAAAGAGGCGUCUUUAACAAACAGUGACGUGAUCUUUCUGAAGCUUCACGCACCGUGGGAUGUGCUCUGUCGCUAUGCAGAGCUCAUGAACAUUCGCAUGCCUUUUAGGAGGAAAAUCUUUUAUAAGCAUCGACGGCACAAGUUCAUGAGCAGGAUGGAGAAGCGCGUCAACAAAUUUCGAGGCUGGCUUCCGCGCAAGCCCAUGAAGUUUGACAACAACACUCUGCCAGACCUGGAGGAGAACGAAAGCUUCACCGCCCCCUUCAGUCGCUCAAGGAUACAUCAUUUCAUCAUCCACAACAAAGACACUUUUUUCAACAACGCCACCAGAAGCCGCAUCGUCCACCACAUCCUCCAGAGAGUCAAAUACGAGGAGGGGAAAAAUAAAAUGGGGCUCAAUCGUCUUUUGAGCAAUAACUCCUAUGAAGCAGCUUUCCCUCUUCAUGAGGGAAGCUACCACAGCAAAAACUCUAUCAGGACACAUGGAGCUGAGAACCAUCGGCACUUGCUGUACGAGUGCUGGGCCUGGUGGGGCGUGUGGUACAAGUACCAACCACUGGACCUCAUCAGGAGGUAUUUUGGGGAGAAGAUCGGCCUAUACUUUGCCUGGCUUGGCUGGUACACCGGGAUGCUGUUUCCUGCUGCUCUGGUCGGCCUCCUGGUGUUUGUGUACGGCAUUUUCACUUUGGACCACUGCCAGGUCAGUAAAGAAAUCUGCCAGGCCACUGACGUCAUCAUGUGUCCCAUCUGUGACCAGUACUGUCCCUACCUGAGACUGUCUGACAGCUGCAUCUACGCCAAGGUCACACAUCUUUUUGAUAACGGGGCAACUGUUUUCUUUGCCGUCUUCAUGGCUGUUUGGGCAACGGUCUUCCUGGAGUUCUGGAAAAGACGCAGGGCUGUCCUCGCAUACGACUGGGACCUGAUCGACUGGGAGGAAGACGAGGAUGAAAUACGUCCUCAGUUUGAAGCCAAAUACUCAAAGAAAGAGAGGAUGAACCCCAUAUCUGGAAAACCUGAGCCUUACCAAGCAUUCACUGAUAAAUACAGUCGCCUUGUUGUCUCAACAUCCGGGAUCUUCUUCAUGAUUCUGGUGGUGAUUGCUGCUGUGUUUGGCAUUGUCAUUUACCGCGUCAUCACUGUCAGCACCUUUGCCGCCUUUGGCUGGGCUCUUAUCAGGAACAACUCUCAGGUGGCAACCACGGGCACGGCAGUCUGCAUCAACUUUUGCAUCAUCAUGCUCCUCAACGUGCUCUAUGAAAAAGUUGCUCUUCUUCUCACUAACUUAGAGCAGCCGAGGACAGAGUCAGAGUGGGAGAACAGCUUCACUCUCAAGAUGUUCCUUUUUCAGUUUGUCAACCUCAACAGUUCAACAUUCUACAUUGCCUUCUUUUUAGGAAGAUUUACGGGUCGGCCUGGUGCAUAUCUACGCCUCAUCAAUCGCUGGAAACUGGAAGAGUGCCACCCCAGUGGCUGUCUCAUUGACCUCUGUAUGCAGAUGGGGAUCAUCAUGGUGCUAAAACAGACCUGGAACAACUUUAUGGAGCUCGGCUACCCACUGAUCCAAAACUGGUGGACACGGCGGAGGCUGAGGCGAGAGCAUGGGCCAAACGCUAAGGCCAGCUUCCCUCAGUGGGAGAGGGAUUACAACCUGCAACCAAUGAAUGCCUACGGACUCUUCGAUGAAUAUUUGGAGAUGAUUUUACAGUUCGGCUUCACGACCAUCUUUGUGGCCGCGUUCCCUCUGGCCCCUCUCUUAGCGCUGCUCAACAACAUCAUUGAGAUCCGUUUAGACGCCUACAAAUUUGUCACACAGUGGCGGCGGCCUCUGCCAUCACAAGCCAAAGACAUAGGGAUCUGGUAUGGCAUUCUGGAAGGCAUUGGCAUCCUCUCAGUCAUCACCAAUGCUUUUGUCAUCGCUGUCACCUCAGACUUCAUCCCUCGCCUUGUUUACGCCUACAAAUACGGACCUUGUGCUGGUCAGGGCCGAGCAGGGCAAGGGUGUAUGAUGGGUUAUGUCAACGCCAGUCUCUCAGUGUUCCGAGUGUCCGACUUUGAGAAGCGAUCACAGCCCAGGACUAAUGGCUCUGAGCUCUUUGGAGAAGCUGUAACAUACUGCAGGUAUCGAGACUAUAGGGAGCCUCCAGACUCUGCGGAGCCCUACUCGUACACUCUACAGUUCUGGCACGUCCUGGCAGCAAGACUCGCCUUUAUUAUUGUCUUUGAGCAUAUGGUCUUUGCCAUCAAGACCCUAAUUGCGUACCUAAUCCCAGACCUUCCCAAGGACCUGAGGGACCGCAUGCGCAGGGAGAAAUACCUGAUCCAGGAGAUGAUGUAUGAGGCAGAGCUGGAGAGACUGCAGAAAGAGAAGAACGCAAAAAAGAAGAAAGUCAGGGCCCACCACAAGGAAUGGCCCUGAACACAUCAACUGGUUGUCAGCUGUCAGUUUGGUUUUCUAAGGCACAAUCCAGGAAAGUGAAGGCUGCUGGGUUUCCUGCAUGAUGAUACUGGACCCUCACUCUUCCCCUCUUUCCUCCUGUCAUGUCAGACCAACGCCUCCAAGUGGACAGCAGCAGGAUGGCAGAGAUCCUUCACUUUCAGCCUCCUGACUCAGAACCACAUUGUGUCCUCUGGAACAGUCAGAAACAAGAUUUACUACUCUUUGUUCUCUGGACAGUUUCAUCUCCUUUGGAUUGUCGACAGCGUGUGUCUUCAGACCCCGAAUGACAGUUUCAAACAAAACUUUAGCAGAUUUACUGUUUGACGUAGAAGGAGAAUACAACUCUGCUGAGCUUACUGAAUGACAAACCUUGUUUACAUUUUCUCCUGGUUUGAGGAGUUCACAUUUUGCUUUAUUGUAAAUGAAGCUGUUUGAAUGAAUGUUAGGCCCUCUGCUCUGCUAUAGUGUAGUAGAAGACAA